AUGGUUUGGGUUAUCUUUGUGCAGGGAAUCCUCUUCCUUUCUUUGAUUGCAUACGGAAUUGUGGGGAACACCCUUGUCUUUGUGAGACAUAGCUAUAUUUUGGUGAGGGGUCCUGAAAAAAAACCCAUAGACCUUCUCAUCAUCCAUCUGGUUUUUGCAAAUAUAAUCAUUAUAUGCACCAAAGGAAGCAAUAAUCUAGCCACCAUUUUUCAUCUGAGGGAUUUCCUAGGGGAUCUUGGGUGCAAACUCGUGCUGUAUCUGGUCCGAGUGGCACGAGGCCUUUCCAUCUGCACCACCUGUCUGCUCUCCGUGCUCCAGGCCAUCACCAUCGGUCCCAGGAGCGCCUCCUGGCAAAAGCUCAAACCGCGAACCCCACGGCAAAUGCUCCCCUACCUCCUCCUGAUCUGGGUCAUUAAUUUUCUCAUAAGCUCCAACUUGCUCUUCUUGAUGACGUCAGCCUAUAGCAUGAACACAUCUGGAAUCAGUCCACUCAGUGGACAUUGCCACAUGCAAGAAACUGGGCCGGUAAUGCAAUGGCUCUUCGUGGCCCUCAUGGCUCUGCGGGACAUUUUCUUCCAGAGCCUCAUGGGCUGGAGCAGUGGGUACAUGGCUGUCCAUCUGUAUAAACAUCAUCAACGCGUCCUUUCCCUUCGGAAGGCCAGGCUGCAAGGAAACCUCAGCCCGGAGUUGAGAGCUGCUCACAGUAUCCUCGUUCUCAUGACCCUUUUCCUUCUCUUUUAUUGGGGAGAUUUCAUUUCCUCCGUGUACAUUGGCACCUUCUUUUCAAAUAAUGACCUCAUAAUAAGUGUUAAAUCUUUUUUAAUUAUCGGUUAUGCUAGUCUCAGUCCCUUCGUGCUGUUCACCAGACCCGUCCGUGUGUCCAAAUGUCACUCAUUGACCAGCAGAAUUACUCCAUGCACUGAUUCCUCUGGGAACCUACGGAUCUGCUCAUUUGGAGGCUGCAUUUAG